AAAAUAGCCCAGUGCUGGACCAGAGAGGUAUAUAAGCAAAGGAGCACCGAAGCUCCGUAUACCAUUCUCUGAAGCUGUCUCAAGGUUUUCGGCCUUUUCACGGCUUCAUCACUCUGUAAUCAACUUAUAGCAAAUUCUGAAAGCUUCUUCGCCGGAGACAACAAACACUAAAAACAUCUCUCUAUUCCAAAUCUAAAUCGAUUCACUCUGAGCUUGCAAUUCGCGAUGGCUCUUUCGGCUUCUGACCUACCGGCGAUGUACAAUUUGCUCGCCAAUUCGCUGAGCGGCGACGAGAGAUUGCGCAAACCAGCCGAAGCGGCUCUCGCACAGUCCGAGAGCAGACCUGGUUUCUGCUCUUGUCUCAUGGAAGUGAUAACUGCAAAGGAUUUAGCAUCACAGGUUGAUGUUCGCUUAAUGGCUUCGUUGUAUUUCAAAAAUAGCAUCAAUCGGUAUUGGAGGAACCGCCGUGAUUCUUCGGGAAUUGGCAAUGAGGAGAAAAAACAUUUGAGACAAAAACUGUUGUCCCACUUGAGAGAGGAGAAUUAUCAGAUUGCGCUUACAUUGGCUGUGCUCAUCUCAAAAAUUGCUCGAAUUGAUUAUCCCAAAGAAUGGCCAGAGCUCUUUUCUGUUUUAGCACAACAGCUUCCGUCAGCAGAUAUUCUUACUUCCCACAGGAUUUUUAUGAUUCUCUUUCGAACUUUGAAGGAGUUGUCUACCAAACGUCUUGCUUCUGACCAAAAGAACUUUGCAGAGAUAUCAUCUCAUUUCUUCGAUUACAGUUGGCACCUUUGGCAGAGUGAUUUGCAAACCAUAUUGCAUGGUUUCUCCCUAUUCUCUCAAAACUUGAGUUCAAAUGCUUCGGACCUGCGACAUGAUGAUCUUUACCUUACAUGCGAAAGAUGGCUUCUAUGUGUAAAGAUAAUAAGGCAAUUGAUAAUUUCUGGGUUUCCUAGUGAUGCAAAAUCGAUACAGGAGGUGCGGCCAGUCAAGGAGGUCUCUCCUGCUCUUUUGAAUGCCAUUCAGUCAUUUCUUCCAUACUAUUCAUCUUUCCGGGAACAGCAUCCUAAAUUUUGGGAUUUCUUAAAGAGGGCAUGCACUAAAUUGGUGAAGGUUUUAGUUGCAGUUCAGAGCAGACAUCCUUAUUCCUUUGGUGAUAAAAGUGUCCUUCCACCUGUUAUGGACUUCUGUUUGAAUAAGAUCACAGAUCCUGAACCAGAUGUAAUGUCAUUUGAGCAAUUCCUCAUUCAAUGCAUGAAAUUGGUGAAAUCUGUACUGGAAUGUAAAGAAUACAAACCAAGUUUGACUGGUCGUGUGAUGGAUGAAAAUGGGGUUACACUUGAGCAGAUGAAGAAAAAUGUUUCUAGUGUUGCUGCUGGUGUUGUUACUUCUCUUUUGCCCAGUGACCGGGUCGUACUCUUGUGUAAUGUGUUGAUAAGAAGGUAUUUUGUUUUAACAGCAACUGACUUGGAGGUGUGGUACCAGAACCCUGAGUCUUUUCACCACGAGCAGGAUUCAGUUCUGUGGUCAGAAAAACUGAGACCUUGUGCUGAAGCUCUAUAUAUUGUUUUGUUUGAAAAUCAUAGUCAGCUGCUAGGUCCAGUUGUGGUUUCCAUUCUUCAAGAGGCAAUGAAUGGUUGCCCGACUUCAGUCACUGAAAUCACUCCAGGAUUACUUCUCAAAGAUGCUGCUUAUGGUGCUGCUGCGUAUGUUUAUUACGAGCUGUCAAAUUAUCUGAGCUUCAAAGAAUGGUUCAAUGGUGCGCUAUCCCUAGAACUCACAAAUGAUCAUCCAAAUAUGCGUAUCAUCCAUAGGAAAGUUGCAUUAAUUCUUGGGCAAUGGGUUUCUGAGAUUAAAGAUGACACCAGAAGAUCGGUAUAUUGUGCUUUGAUCAAAUUGCUUCAGGACCCGGACCUGUGUGUCAGGCUGGCAGCGUCUCGGUCCUUGUGCUUUCUUAUUGAAGAUGCAAACUUCUCAGAGAAAGAUUUUUCUGAUCUUCUUCCAGUGUGUUGGGAUUUUUGUUUUAAAUUAGUGGAAGAAGUCCAGGAGUUUGACUCAAAGGUUCAAGUUUUAAAUUCAAUUUCUAUUCUUAUCGCACAUGUUGAUGAAAUCAUUCCCUACGCAGACAAGUUGGUGCAAUUUUUCCAGAAGGCCUGGGAGGAAUCCCCUGGAGAAAGCCUUCUGCAGAUUCAGCUAUUAACUGCACUAAAGAACUUUGUGACUGCCCUUGGUUAUCAGUCACCCAUUUGUUACAACAUGCUACUGCCUAUUUUACGAUGUGGGAUUGAUGUGAAUAGCCCAGAUGAACUUCUGGAAGACAGCAUGCUGUUAUGGGAAGCCACACUUUCUCAAGCCCCCUCAAUGGUGCCUCAGCUAUUGGGAUAUUUCCCUUCUCUUCUGGAAAUCCUGGAAAGAAGUUUUGAUCACUUGAAGGUUGCUGCAAAUAUCAUUGAAGGUUACAUAAUUCUGGGUGGAACUGAUUUUCUCAGUUUGCAUGCUUCUACUGUUGCUAAACUUCUUGAUCUGGUUGUUGGAAAUGUCAACGAUAGAGGGUUGCUUUCAAUUCUUCCAGUCAUUGAAAUCCUAAUUCAGUGUUUCCCUAUGGAUGUGCCCCGAUUGAUUAGCAGCACUCUUCAGAAAUUAAUUGUUAUAUGCUUGACUGGAGGAGAUGACCAUGAUCCUUCAAAGACGGCUGUGAAAGCAUCUUCAGCAGCCAUCCUGGCAAGGAUUUUGGUAAUGAAUAUCAAUUUCCUUGCCCAAAUAACAUCAGAACAAUCUCUUUUGUUACUCCUCCAGAAGGCGGGAUUCCCGGUUGAUGAGAAUAUACUUCUUUGUCUGGUUGACAUAUGGCUUGACAAGGUUGAUAAUGUAACUUCUAUCCAAAGAAAAGCAUUUGGUUUAGCCCUUUCUAUAAUUUUAACAUUAAGAUUGCCUCAAGUCCUGGACAAACUUGAUCAAAUCCUAAGUGUAUGUACAAGUGUAAUAUUGGGUGGAAAUGAAGACUUCACAGAGGAAGAAUCCAGUAGCGGUAAUAUGAGCCCCAACAGACAUAAUGUUCCUAGCAAAGAAUUCAGGAAAAGACAGAUCAAGUUUUCAGACCCUAUAAACCAGUUGUCUUUGGAGAACUCAGUGAGAGACAAUCUUCAAACAUGUGCUGCUCUUCAUGGAGAAUCUUUUAAUUUGGCCAUUGGUAGAAUGCAUCCUGCAGCAUUCGCCCAAUUAAAGCAGGUAUUGGGGAUGCCAUAGGUUAGAUGUGGUAUUCGAAUCUUCUGAUUAUGGUGGUGUCAGGCACUUUCUCCAAUUUUCCAAUCAUUUCAUAGAACGAGGAGUUGUAGGGUGAUGUUGAAGUUUCUUUGAGUUGGUGUCCCGGUGUUUUUUGAAUUCAUUGAUUUUCUUUUCAAUUGUUUGGGCCUGAUUUUCUUGGCUGGUUUUGUUUUUUAAUUUCUUCUUCAUUCAUCCAUCAAUUAAUAGUUGUAAAUGCUGCCGACACCGCCAAACUGUAAAUAUAACUAUCCUUUCUUGUUGCAGUACACAAAACAUAAAGGUCAGAACGUUGAGUUCACAGGUUUCAUUGAGUUUGCACAGGUUUGAUCGUGUCUAAGAUGAAAAUAUUACAUUGAAGAGAGGAAAAAGAAACGAAUUUAUAAGACCCUAGGCUUUUUUAAUCCAAAAAGAGUUUGGUUGUGCAUUUUGUGUUUUUUCUUGUGAAGCUUCUGAGGAACACUAGUAAAUGUAGUUAUAUUCAAAGAAAUGAUUAUUGUUAUUGUUA